CCGAUCGCGGAGCGCAAGGAGUGCCGGGCGUGCGUCGCUGGUGUUCUUGCUGGGCGGUUUGCAGACUUCUGUCAUGGCGGCGGCAGCCGUUGCUGAGGGGGCGAGUGUGGAUUCGGUUCCCGUUUCUGGAGCACACAGCCCCAGUGAGCUGCCCGUAGGCGAAGGUGAGCGAGCUGGAGCAGUGGGCGAGGAGAAGGAUGCAGCCACUAAAACAGCGGAAGCCGUGGGGGACAGCGAGGAGGAUGGGGAAGAUGUGUUCGAGGUGGAGAAGAUCCUGGACAUGAAGACCGAGGGGGGUAAAAUACUUUACAAAGUUCGAUGGAAAGGAUACACAUCAGAUGAUGACACCUGGGAGCCUGAGGUUCACCUUGAAGACUGUAAAGAAGUUCUUCUUGAAUUUAGGAAGAAGGUUGCAGAUAACAAAGCUAAACCAGUCAAGAAAGAUAUUCAGAGACUGUCCUUAAAUAAUGACAUAUUUGAGGCAAAUUCUGACAGCGAUCAGCAAAGUGAAACAAAAGAUACUUCUCCAAAGAAGAAAAAGAAGAAAUUGAGGCAGAGAGAAGAGAAGAGCCCAGAUGAUCUGAAGAAGAAGAAGGCCAAGGCUGGGAAACUGAAAGAGAAGUCCACCCCAGACCUGGACAGCCCCUCCUCUGAGAGCUCAGUGUUUGAUUUAAGGACAAAGAAAAGGGUUUCGGAAGCUAAAGAAGAAUUAAAGGAGUCCAAAAAGCCCAAAAAAGAUGACAUAAAAGAAACUAAGGAAUUAAAGAAAGUUAAAAAGAGUGAAAUAAAAGAUUUAAAGACUAAAAUAAGAGAAGACUCCAAAGAAAACAGAAAAACAAAAAAAGAGAAAUGUGUUGAAUCUCAGUUGGAAUCUGAAUCAAGUGUACUUAAUGAGUCCCCUUUUCAAGAGGGGGACAGUGAUGAUCUACAUGCUGACAACAGAGAAGAGAGACAGAAGAUUAAAGAUGCAAAAGAUAAGGCAGGGCAAGACACUACUGAGGACACUGUUUUAGAUAAACAGCUGGAGGACACAGGGAGUGUCGAAGAGGGUGCUGAUGUCACAGGAAAGAGAAACAGAAAGAAACCCAGAAAGGCUGAGGAACUUAAGGACAGGAAAAGGCUAGAAAACAAAAACCUUUGUUUAGAGAGAAAAAGUACAUGUAAAAAGCAAAGGAAUCAGGACAAAGGCAAAAGUACCCCAGAGUUAGAUAAGCUGACACCUGCACCUGCCCAGACCCAGAGGAGCUCAAGGUCGGCCUGGGAAGAGAGAGGCGUCCAGGCCACUGACUCAACUGAGGAAGAGAAAGAGACCCAGAAAAAUGAACCCAAAGAAAAAUACCAGAAAGGGCAUGAUUUGGACAGGGAAGAAAAAGGCCGCAAAGAGCCAAAGGGAUUAAAGACAUUAAAGGAAAUCAGAAGUGCAUUUGACUUAUUUAAAUUAACUCCAGAAGAAAAAAAUGAUUUUCCUGAGAAUAAUCAGAAAAGAGAAGAUAUACCACUGGAAAGUAAGAUCGCAGAAGAUCCCAAAACCCAGGAAAACAAGGAGGUACUUAAAGAAAGGAGAAAUACCAGAGAUGAGGCUGAUACCUGGGCAUACAUAGCCGCAGAGGGAAAUCAGGACCUUGUGGACAGUGUGUGCCACGCAGACGAGAAUUCUGACGGCAAACAGCAGAUUCUGAGUUUGGGCAUGGACCUGCAGCUGGAAUGGAUGAAAUUAGAAGAUUUUCAGAAGCAUCUGGCUGGAAAAGAUGAGAAUUUUACUACAGCAGAUGCCAUCCCAAGUCAUUUAUUGAGGGAUGCUGUGCAAAAUGGGGAUUAUAUUACCGUGAAGGUUGCACUUAGUUCAAAUGAAGACUAUAACCUGGACCAAGAGGAUUCAAGCGGGAUGACACUGGUGAUGCUGGCCGCAGCAGGAGGGCAGGACGACCUACUGAGGCUCCUCAUCAGAAAAGGAGCCAAAGUGAACGGCAGACAGAAAAAUGGGACCACCGCCCUCAUUCACGCAGCUGAGAAGAACUUUUUAACUACAGUGGCUAUUCUUUUGGAAGCAGGAGCUUUUGUAAAUAUACAGCAGAGCAAUGGUGAGACAGCUCUCAUGAAGGCCUGUAAAAGAGGAAAUUCGGACAUUGUCCGACUUGUAAUUGAAUGUGGAGCCGACUGCAAUAUUUUGUCAAAGCACCAAAAUAGUGCGAUGCAUUUUGCAAAGCAGUGCAACAACGGGUUGGUGUACGACUUGCUGAAGAAUCAUUUAGACACACUCUCUAGAGUAGCAGAAGAAACCAUAAAGGAUUACUUUGAAGCACGUCUUGCUCUCCUAGAACCGGUUUUCCCGAUAGCAUGUCACCGUCUCUGUGAGGGGCCAGAUUUUUCAAUGGAUUUCAAUUACAAACCACCACAGAAUAUACCAGAAGGCUGUGGUGUCCUGCUGUUUAUUUUCCACGCAAACUUUCUGGGUAAAGACGUUAUUGCUCGACUCUGUGGACCAUGUAGUGUACAAGCUGUAGUUUUAAACGAUAAAUUUCAACUUCCUGUUUUUCUGGAUAGUCAUUUUGUUUACUCGUUCAGCCCUCUUCCAGGCCUCAACAAACUCUUUAUAAGGUUGACGGAAGCACCCUCUGCCAAGGUGAACAUCCUCUCCUCAUAUUCAGUGUUCCUACUCAGAUUGUUACUCUAGGUUACUUUAUUGUCAUUAGACAAAACUUCCAAGAACGUUGUGUUCCUGAUCCUGUCCUAGAGACAUGUGCUCCCAGGGUGGAGUGCUAGGUGCACCUGCCUAAACGUCAGAUGUGUCUCACGUAAUACCUAUCGUACCUAGUAGUCUGGGCUGUGUUCCAGGCUUUGGUAGUGGAUUGCCAUCUGUGUGUCUCUGGGCAGGUCACUAACCUCUCUUUGUAUUAUGAAGCACUUGGAUUUUUUUAUUAAAACCACCACCUCAAUAAAUUGAUAACCAAUCUGACAAUAUUACAAACCAGUCUUGGCAUGUGUGUUCUCCCCGCUUCUAAAAAAGGGGAGCCACCUCUGUGCUUAUACAUGUGCGUUUUCUCUCCCUGUAGGUUAAGUUGUUGAUAGGUGCAUACAGAGUGCAGCUGCAGUGACCAAACAAAGACUUCGGACGGACAUGGACUUACUGCCAGACCUUUCUAACUCCUGUUCUAAGCAGUGGAGAAUGGUGGCACAGCCAACACUUCCACAUGUAAAGUCUAGUCUGUAACCUCAUACAGUUUAAGGCCUGUCUGUUCUUGGACAUGGGCCAUGGCAUUCUAAUACAUUACAGAGAGCGUGCUCAAGUCCCGGGGUUGUGUCCAGUUUUUUCCACAAUGUGGAAUGGUGCAUAUGGGGAUAAUUUAAGAAAAGGGAAGUCAUUUUUCCUUUUAAUUUUCUAUUAGAGCCUUGAAGUGUGAGGGGGAGAUCAGAUCCAUUUCUGAUAUGCGGUUGGUGGUGACAACUUUGUAGAUUUCCAAUUAUGCUUUAUUUGAAAAGAUGAUAAAUCAGAGUCUUAAGAUAUAGCAACCAGGACAUUAUAAGGCCAAAAAGGGAAUUAUUACAUGGAAACUUUUCUCCUUAUUCAAAGCCAGGUCCUGGGCCCUUAUUUUGAACACUGGGAAGGGCAGUGAGCUUUGCCACACCAGGCCUCAUGGGAAGAGUCAGAGCUCCUGUCGAUUUUCCACAGGUCUAACUAAUAAUAAAUCAAGCUUAGUCUAGAUUAUGGAAAUAUAUAAAAAUUUAGUUCCUGAUUAGUUUUAUAAUUGUCUGAGUUAUAAUUUUCAUGAAAAAUUUUCAGAAUGUCAAACAUUGUGAUGACAUUUCAGAGAGCAAUUUUUAACUACAUACUACAACUGCCUUUUCCUACAGUUUUCUCAAUAAAACAAUACCUUGGUCCUUCUAUUUUCUUUGUAUCUCAAGUCUCAGGACUUCAGUUUUUUAGCAGAGUGAUGGCUGGGAUUGGAGUCUUUCAACUAUAUUGAACUGUAUGCUAGUACUGUAUCUCAUUUCAUAGCUUUUUAAAAAAGAUGAGAUUUGAUUUAGCAACAUUACAUAGAUCAGGAAGGAACAUCUGUACCUUAGUUCAAUACAUGAAAGACAAUUUAUCUCAAAAUCUUGCCUAAUAACUUAUAAGAAAUACUAAACAAGGAUAUGCUAUUCAUCAAGGAGGCAUGGCACUCUAGGGUAGAACGUCCAAACACCAUUAAAGCGUGAGGUAACUUGGAAUACACCACCCUGUCAUAUGCCAGAUGUGCUAGGACAUUCUGUGAGCAGUGUGUCUACUAGGAAGAGAACGAGAACCACACAAUACCAUAUGGGUGUUCUCCUCUAAACUAGCUCCUUUAUAGCAGGUGAGACGCACACUUGUCCUUGAGUACUGGGGAAUAUGGAAAAUUUUGGUUUCUUACAUGUACAAAGUGUGAGCAAUGAUUUCUCUGGAAAACAAAUCAAUUGUACACAGACCUUACCACACGGUGUACACAUGUGCUCAGGACUACAGAUCAAAACAAAGGAACCUCCUCGUGUGGUCAAAGUGUGUGUGACACACAACACAUACCUGAACUGCUCGUCUCAGCCAUGGCAACCUCAGGACUCAGCAGGUCAUCACAAACAGGAUGCAAACUCCCUGAAAACCAGUAAGCACAUAGCGUUUUACUUCAAUUUUACCUUAGGGAAUAACAACAAAAAAAAACCUCAGCCAUUACUCCUGUCUAGUGUAUACUGAUAUAAGGACAUGUAAUUGGGGUAUUAAAUUAAUUUACUAACUUCACCAUCCAGACCUGGUCUACUCAGGCACAUUACACAUUCUUUUACCUGCAACACCUAGUGCCAAAGAGAAGUACCUAAUAGCACUCCUUAAAUGUUGAACAAAAUUAGAUGGUGAGUUUGACUUUGGUCCAAGAAUGUGAAAUUAGUCCAUUUCAUACACUAUCUUCUCAAGUCACUGCCAUCUGAACUCUUAAAUUUGUAGAAUUUAUUCAAUGGAAUGUCAUGAGGGUACAAUCUGAAACUCAGGUGCUGCUUUUAGAAUUCUACUCAACUUUCAGUUACCUGAGCAUAAAACUGGGAGAAAGGAAAAGUACACGGAGGCUGGAUGGCGAAGAGCAGGCACUGAUGAAAUGACAACUUGGAUGUCACAGCAUAAUACUGUGUAAACCCUAAAAUUAAAGUAUAAAAAUUUUACAUUCUGCUCAGUUCUGAAGAUGGCUGAUGGAAAGAAUCCACACUGCUGCCUUCUACAUCCUGUGCUGACUCGCAGAUAAUGCUCCUUUCCCACCGAAUCUGGUAUCUAGGCCUGACUUGUCCGCCCGCAUACCCAGAACCUUACUAGUAAGCUGGAAAGUUUAGUGACAGUGAGGGGUCACAAUUCAAUCAGGGCCAAAUCAAAACAAAAUCGGGAAAUAGUCAUCUGUCUGUCGCCCUGAGCUCCCAGUUGGAAUCGAAACCUAGUAUUUGGCAUCAGUUCAAUUUGGGAGAAAAUAAUUUCCAUUACUCCAUGACAUAAUCUCUGUGUGUCUUACUCAUAGCGCCCAUUAUUUGCCUCCCUUGGGCCAAGUUACAUGCUUUAGUGAAAAUAUGAUUUUCUCAGAACAAUGCCCCAUUUCCUGAGUAGUUCCUCAUCUUGGGGACUGACCCAAAAUCCCAGGCUCUAGUGUUUCCCAUUUGCAGUGAGCUGAAAGGGGGGUCAUUCUGUAUUUGUGGGCUGCUACUACAAAAAUACUCAAGGAGUAGGUAUACACCUUUAUAACAAAACCUGUAUGAAAAUGUAAAGUUUGCACUAUUCCAAAUGUCAUUUUAAUCAUAGAAAAUUGUGGUCAUGAGGCCUAACUGUUUAAAUGUCAAAUGUUAUUGCUUGUACAUUGUUUAUACGGUGUAAUAAACUCACAAAUGAAACACAA